AUGGAAUCCAAGAAAACAGACGUUGCCGAACAUUAUAACUCUGUACCCGAAGUUGGUCUGAAGGAAAGGGCGCAAAGCCGAAUAUUCUUCUUGCGCAACCUAAAUAACUGGGUGAAAAGCGCGUUGAUCAACGAUGCACUGCAGAGGGUUCGCAAAGAAGACAAAGGUUCUGUUGAGCCCCAUCCCAUUACCGUGCUUGACCUCUGUUGUGGAAAAGGUGGGGACUUGCUGAAGUGGAAAGUUGGAGAAAUUAGGCAUCUCAUUUGUGUAGACAUUGCCGAGCUUUCGCUUAAACAGUGUCAAUCAAGGUACGAAGAGAUGUGCCAGCGGAUGCGGUACGGUAGACCAGAGAAAGUGUUUUCAGCCGAAUUCAUCAGCGCUGACUGUACAGAGACUAUCGUCAGCAGUAAAUUCCGUGACCCGGAACGUCGGCUGGACAUUUGCAGUUGUCAGUUUUCGUUGCAUUACUCGUUCUCCAGCGAGGAGCGGGCCACAUGUAUGCUGCGCAACGCCUGCGAAAACCUUAAGGUCGGCGGCUACUUCAUCGGAACCGUUCCUGAUGCAAAUCGGAUCGUGUAUUUAUGCCGCCAGUCAGGUACAAAGAGCUUCAAAAAUGGCAUAUGUCAGUUGAAGUUUGAAGAUGUUGAAGGUGACAGCUUCCCGUUGUUCGCCUCUAAGUAUCAUUUUACACUUGACGAAGUUGUGAAUUGUCCCGAGUACCUUGUUUACUUUCCUCUACUACAAAAAAUGCUUGAGAAGUUUAACAUGGAACUGGUCUUAAAGAAGUCAUUUCCCAGCAUUCUUUAUGAUCAUCACAAGGAAGGUCCUGCGAGAACUCUUUUAGGAAGAAUGCAAUGUUUAGAGGCAAGUAUUGCUUAA